UAGAGGAUUCCCGCUCAUUUGCAGUGGCUGAAAGGAGGGUCGGAUUCCAGCGGAACAGCCCCGGCGGGACUCCAGGAGCAGAACCCUAGGCGCUUCGCUCAGCGCUUUUGAAUUGCGCUUCGGCCCCGCCCCGCAGCGCUACGCCUUAAAGGGCUCAAGGCCCGGCGUACCUAGGGCCACGGUCAUGGAGGGCGCUUUCUCAGCCAACUGGAGCGCCGAGGCGGUCAACGGGAGCGCCGCGCCUCCUGGGGCCGAAGACAACUGCACUGCCGGACCUCCGCGGCGCAACGAGGCACUGGCACGCGUGGAGGUGGCAGUACUGUGCCUCAUUCUCUUCCUGGCACUGAGUGGCAACGCGUGCGUGCUGCUGGCACUGCGCACCACGCGCCACAAGCACUCACGCCUCUUUUUCUUCAUGAAACACCUGAGUAUCGCUGACUUGGUGGUAGCAGUGUUCCAGGUGCUGCCGCAGCUACUGUGGGAUAUCACCUUCCGUUUCUAUGGGCCCGACCUGUUGUGCCGUCUAGUCAAGUACCUGCAGGUGGUGGGGAUGUUUGCCUCCACCUACCUGCUGCUGCUCAUGUCGCUUGACCGCUGUCUGGCCAUCUGCCAGCCGCUGCGAUCGCUGCGCCGGCGUACCGACCGCCUGGCGGUGCUUGCCACGUGGCUUGGCUGCCUAGUGGCCAGCGCCCCGCAGGUGCACAUCUUCUCGCUGCGCGAGGUGGCUGAAGGCGUCUUUGAUUGCUGGGCGGUCUUCAUCCAGCCCUGGGGACCCAAGGCCUACGUCACGUGGAUCACACUCGCCGUCUACAUCGUGCCAGUCAUCAUACUCGCUGCCUGUUACGGCCUUAUCAGCUUCAAGAUCUGGCAGAACUUGAGGCUCAAGACGGCUGCAGCAGCUGCGGCUCAGGCUCAGGGACCCGAGGGUUCAGCAGCGGGUAGUGAGGGUCGUGCGGCCCUGGCACGAGUCAGCAGUGUCAAGCUCAUCUCCAAAGCCAAGAUCCGCACGGUCAAGAUGACCUUCAUCAUCGUGCUGGCCUUCAUCGUAUGCUGGACACCAUUCUUCUUCGUGCAGAUGUGGAGCGUCUGGGAUACUAAUGCACCCAAGGAAGCCUCGGCCUUCAUCAUCGCCAUGCUUCUGGCCAGCCUCAACAGCUGUUGCAACCCCUGGAUCUACAUGCUCUUCACAGGCCACCUCUUCCAUGAACUGGUACAGCGCUUCCUCUGCUGCUCCUCCAGCCAUCUGAAGGGUAGCCGCCCAGGAGAGACUAGCGUCAGCAAAAAGAGCAACUCCUCCACAUUUGUCUUGAGCCGACGCAGCUCCAGCCAGAGGAGCUGCUCCCAGCCAUCAACAGCGUGA